AUGACAUCGUUCCCGUUAUCUACUGGUGCUUUGAAACAGGCGUUCUCAAAGGAUGGCCAUGACAAGGUUAAAUGCCCUUUGGUUUUUCAAGUAACCAAUUUAAAAUCAGUUAAUACUAUGAAUAAUCUGAAAAAGUAUCGUAUUUUACUAUCUGAUGGUGUUUAUUCAACUCAGGGAAUCAUUGAAGAGAAAUGUACUCCAUAUUUGGAAAACAAUAACUGGAAUAGAUACUGUACCAUCCAAGUGAAUGCUUUCCGUACGUUGGCCACAGCUAAGCAUUUUUUGAUUAUUGAAGAUGUUGAGAUUUUGACUCCUACUGGAGAAAAACCAACCACGCCAUUGAUUAACGUUGACACGUAUUUUGCCGAACAUCCAGAUGAGGCGGCAUUGAGUGUCACCAAGAAGCAAAAUUCGGUCGACGAUAAGGAACAAACACCAGUUCCAACGCCUCCUGUGGCACAAUCAACUGCAGCAAGUGUUCCAUCAACCGCUAAGCAACAGUACCCGCCACUGAAAGCAGGCCAACCAGCACCAAGAAUCUCUCCUAUUGAGACUAUAUCCCCUUAUCAAAACACCUGGACUAUUAAAGCCAGAGUUUCAUACAAGGGCGAGCUUAGAUCAUGGUCGAAUGCAAAAGGUGAAGGUAAAGUGUUUAGUAUCAACUUUUUGGAUGAAUCGGAUGAAAUAAAGGCGUCCGCGUUCAAUGACUCUGCUGAAAGAGCUUACAGUUUACUUGAAGAAGGUAAAGUUUAUUACAUUUCUAAAGCAAAGGUGGGUGCAGCUAGAAAGAAAUUUAAUAAUUUAACACACCCAUAUGAACUAACCUUGGAGAAGGAUACAGAGAUUACCGAAUGCUUUGAUGAAUCCGAUGUACCUAAAUUGAAUUUCAAUUUUGUCAAGUUGGACAAAGUGCAAAAUUUGGAACCAAAUGCUAUUAUUGACGUUUUGGGAGCAUUGAAAGUGGUUAAUCCACCAUUCCAAAUCACAGCAAAAUCUACUGGUAAAGCUUUCGAUAGAAGAGAUAUCACCAUUGUUGAUGAGACUGGAUUUGCCGUUGAUGUUGGUCUUUGGAACAACACGGCUGUGGAUUUCAGCAUUGAAGAAGGUACCGUCAUUGCUUUCAAAGGAUGCAAAGUAUCUGACUUUAACGGUAGGUCCUUGAGUUUAACCCAAGCAGGUUCAAUAGUUCCCAACCCGGGAACACCAGAAAGUUACCAAUUAAAGGGCUGGUUCGACAAUAUUGGAGUCAAGGAGAAUUUCAAAUCAAUGAAGACAGAAACCAAUACGUCUUCGUCGAUUGAUAGAUUGGCCAAUCGUAAAACCAUUGCUCAAGCUGAAGAGGAAAACAACCACUUGGAUGGUGAACAACUGGGUUAUUUCACCAUCAAGGCGUGUUUCUCAUUCACCAAACCAGAAAAUUUUGCCUACCCAGCAUGCACCAAUGUUGUCGCCAACACUACUGACAGCACCAAACCAGGAUUAACCUGUAAUAAGAAAUUAGUUCAAGUGAAUGAUAAAUGGAAGUGUGAACGAUGCGAUAUGUCAUACGAUGAACCAACAUAUCGUUACAUUCUCUACAUAUCAAUUACUGAUGCUACCGGACAAUUGUGGACAACUUUAUUUGACGAACAAGCCAAGAAAUUGUUGGGAAUAGAUGCUAAUGAGUUGAUGAAGAUGUCUAAUGAGAAUGAUAAAAUGGUUGUUGCUGAGUAUGUGUCAAGAGCGUACUUUAAAGAGUACAAUUUCAGACUAAGAGUUAAACAAGAUACGUUUAAUGAUCAGUUGAAACUCAGGUACCAAUGCGUUGGAUUGAGUGAUAUUGAUUAUAAUGCUGAAUGUGAGUUUUUGUGUUCCGAGUUGGAUUCAAUGUUGGGAUAA